CAAAAAGACAUCGUGCUGCGCAAAUGCGUGGAAGGUAUCGAGUGACGAUGACAUCGAUGACGACCAGAUGAUCAACACCCUGCAGUGCAUCGCCGCUCACGUUGAAGACCUGACUAUUAACACCGAAGAAAAUGAAGUCUUAGACCAAUAUUUUCUCCACAUGGGGAAAGGCCAUUUUUCGAAUAUACGGUCACUCCACCUUACAGCAACCGCAACAUGAAUCAUCAAUCAAAGACUAGCUUACCCCAUGGCGCUUGCUUUGUCCAAUAUAAACAACACUUUGACACGAAUUCGACUUGAUUUCACAACGUGUCAACAAAUACCCGUCAUCGUUACGAUCGGGGAUCUCUUAUACGUAUGCACGAACGUGACAGAUCUGCAAUAUAAAAGCCUAUCCUCCUUUGAUGACGCUAUCGGUGACUUAUCGUACACAGAGCAGCAUCAGGCACUUCUGGAUAUACAAAUCACAGUCAGACCGAGAUCAGUAUCUGCAUCAGCUAUUACACCUCUGCUACAACGUUGCAAAAAGCUACAUCGUAUAAUCCUGGAUGGUUGUGCCCCAGAUGUAUUAGACGUCGUUGACAACAGCACAUACUGUUCUAACUUACAAAUAUUCGGCUACAAUUGCAAACAUUCGCUGCCUGCUGCUUUGGUAAAAAGCUCAAAGGCAGCACAGCCGAUUGCCUCUGGCUUGCGUGCGUUUUAUACAGAAAACGUGAACGAAAAAGAGGAAGGUGAAAAUGUACUACGGGUGCUACGGCGAAAUGCAGCGACACUUGAAACCGUCCACGUGAAAGAACUUCGGAAUGAUUCCUGGAAUGCACUGGCCCAAACCUACUUGAAUUUGAAUUUGGAGAAUCUUGAAAGACUGGUGUACGAAUCUGCCGACCGAGACACUUUGCAACCAGUACUUAUACAAGCAAUCUCUGCUAGCACAAAGCUAUCACACUUGGCCGUACAAUCUCCAGGCAGCCUGCUUCCUUUGGCUCAAACACUAUCAGCAUUACAACAACCGGUGGAAGUAUUGAAGUUAUCAGAUUGCUAUGCUCCGCCAGCUGAUUAUAUGAACUUGGUCAAUUUGUUUAACGUAUACGCUGCGCUCUCACCCUCACCUGCUACGACAAGAGCAUUCCGAGAAGUCUCAUUUCUAGAUUGCGAAUCCUUAACUGACGCCACUCUUACGGCACUGGCCAAGAUUGACUCACUGAAAAAUAUCACACUAGGAUAUUUAGAUGGCCUUUCUACUCAUGGCAUCCUUGCAUUUUUUAUGAGCUUACGUGAUGGUGUAGAAAGUAUCAAACUUAUUGGGAUGGGCGCUAUAACCGACGAACAUAUCAUUGCCCUAGGCAGUCUAAAGGGACUAAAGCGAAUCCACAUGGAAGAACUACACGAAGUUACUGACCAAGGCUUAAACGAUAUGGUGGAUAAGGCUCCAGUGCUAUGUAAUCUGACAUUUAUAGAUUGUAGUAGUACUAGUCAAGCAGCCAUCAUAUAUGCGAAACGAAGAAUUCGAAUUGUCCAAACUGAAUAAUAGUAAUAAAAAAUACUGUUUGUACUUUUUUCUCUGUAGCAGGAGUGCUUUGUAUAAUCAUAUCAGAUAGUUUUAAUAGAGGCG